AUGUUCCACGCAUCCAACACUCGUCUCAACGCCGCCGGUCUUGCACCCGAGCACUCAAAACUGCUUCCAGAGCGACAGCCCGAGGAAGACGAAGCUAACCUCCUUGACUCUCUUCGACAACUCUACGCAUCUGACACACCUAGCGAUGAAUGCUUCUCCAUCUUUGCCAACGAGGCCAUCCUCACUCUCCCUACGGGUGAUGUAGUUGUCGGUCCCAACAACAUCAGGUCCAAAUUCGCCGAGGUGCUCGCACCUUUUACUCGGCGUAGCCUACGCCAGCGUCUGCUCGUCACCCCCGAGUCGCUGCCCCAUCGUACCAUUGUGCUCGAUCACAUGCUCAGCCUCUCAUCCGACAACGGUGCAACGGUCAAGAAUGUCCAUUCGCUUGUCGUCAUCAAGCGCAAAGCGCAGGACGGCAAAGUCUCGGCUCUUACCGAGGAGGAAGGUCAUCGAAAGGCAACAGCACCACUCGCAGCCAGGGCAGCCGCCGCCAACAGCUUCUACUCGCCCACAGACGCACAGUUGAGUCCCGUCACGUCCAAACUCAACCUGGCCAAGAAAAAGCACCACAUGAAGGCCAAGCCUACGGCAUUGUUUGCCAACAGGUCCGGAUUGAGACAGGCCAUCAUCCCUGGCUCACCCGCCCCGAGUACUGGUAGCAACGCCGAUAUGGAGUUCUAA